AUGUCAAAAACCAGGUUAAGCAUGAAGCUCCUGAUGGACACCCAAGCGAAACGGGUCCUUUUUGCGGAGGCUGGCAAAGACUGCGUGGAUUUGCUAUUCCACAUACUCUCCAUACCCGUGGCUAGGCUCGUUAGCCUGCUGGGAAAACAGGGAAUGGCAGGGUCACUAGCCAAUUUGUACGAAAGCCUAGAGAACCUCAACGAAUCCUACAUUCAACCCAACUGGACCAAAGACACACUUUUGAAACCAGAUUAUUGCUCCCCGGUCCCCCUAUUAACAACCUUCAAGGACUCGGAUCAAAAGAAGUUUUUCAGGUGCAGCUUUUGCACCUCUCACGUCACAGAUUGCCCAGCUGCCACGUGUCCAGGCUGCCACCAGAAAAUGGGGCAGGCUCUGCAGUAUGUGGGCCCACCUGCGGGUAAUGAAGGUGGGUUUGUGAAAGGGGUAGUGACGUAUAUGGUGAUGGAUGAUUUGGUCGUCAUGCCGAUGUCAGCAAUCUCCAGCAUCACCUUGUUGAACAAGCUUAACAUCAAGGAAGUUGGGGCCUUGGAGGAAAAGGAGGUGAAUCUUGGAUUUUUUGAGGCUGUGAAGUUGGUCAAGGCUUCUUUCGAGACCAAGAGUGUUCUUACUCAUGUUUUCUUGAAUGACAUGGGCCAUCCAGGAAAUGAGGUUGAGGGGAUGGUGUUUGAUAAGAUCAACUGGUUUGAGACUACAAACAGUAGUAAUUUGUUUAAGAUGAAUGUUGAUCCAAAGAAUCCAGCUAGCUUGUUUGAAACUACAGACGGUUGUAAUUUGUUCGAGAUGAAUGCAGAUCCAAUGGUUCCAGCUUUCCAUUUUGGGGCGUCGAUAUCUACAUCGUCAACAGAUGCAACAAGAGAAACUGUUCCCAAAUUAUCAAAGCCAAAAAGACAGCAGUACUCAGUUUGUUUUGGCAAUGAAAAGUCAAAAGGCGGCGUGGAGCCCUCCUCCAAGUUAACCCUAAAGCUGUUGGUGGACACGCAGGGCAAAAGGGUCUUUUUUGCGGAGGCCGGCAAGGAUUUUGCCGAUUUCCUGUUUCGCAUCCUCUCCAUGCCGGUGGGUGCCAUCGUUGGCAAGCAGGGAAAUAAUAAGGCCGCGGGUUCAGUAUUAAACCUGUACCAGAGCGUAGAGAAUCUGAACCCAUCAUAUAUGCAGCCCAACACCACCAAAGUCGCCCUCUUGAAGCCUAGUCUUGAAGCCACUUGUCCUAAAUGUGGCCUGGAAAUGAAGUACGACGUGAUAUACGUGAACAGCCCGCCUAGCGAGGGGUUUGUGAAGGGCUUGGUGAUGUAUAUGGUGACGGAUGAUUUGGUGGUCGCCCCUUUCUCCACCAUCUCCACCAUUGUCUGGCUCAACAAGUUUAAUAUCAAGGACGUCGGUAUCUUGGAGGAAAGGGUGGUGAAUUUUGGCAUGGAUGAGGCUGUGAAGUUGCUGAAUGCUUGUCUGCACUCCAACAAAGUUCUCACGGACGUCUUCCUAAAUGAAAUCAAAUCAGCCAACAACCACGAACCAAACAUGUCUGAAACCUCCAGCGCAUCAUCAGUAACCCUAAAGCUAUUGAUCGACACCAAGGGCAAAAGGGUCCUUUUUGCAGAGGCCGGCAAGGACUUCAUCGACUUCCUCUUCAGCCUCAUCUCUCUCCCGGUCGGCACCCUACUGAGCCUCCUCAAGCACCACCAAACGGCGGGCUCCCUCUCGAGCCUCUACCAAAGCAUACAGAAUCUAAACGAGUCGUACAUCCAGCCGAACCAGUCCAAGGAAGCCCUCCUGAAGCCGGUCUCGGGAUUCUUUCCCCUGCUCGCGCUCGAAAACGGGCCCUCGCCAGCUGGCGGCGGGAGGAAAUUCUACAGGUGCACGUGCAACUCAACGUACGUGGCGGAGGACCCACUCGCGCCUUGUCCGCACUGCGGCAGGAAAAUGGCCACGGGCGUGUCCUACGUGGCGGGCCCGGCCCGAAAGGAAGGGCCCGGGGAAGGGGGGUUUGUGAAGGGGGUGGUGACGUACAUGGUGAUGGAUGAUUUGGUCGUCAUGCCCAUGUCAACUAUUUCAAGCAUCACUUUGCUUAACAAGUUUCAUGUGAAGGAGGAAUACUUGAACAUAUGCAAACAU